AUGCCACCCAAAAAGCGCGGUCCUCCCGUCAUCGACCUCGUUAGUAGCGACAGCGACGGCGAUUCCACUCCACGGCCGACAAAAAGGGCGUCCGGCAGCCGUCCGGUAACCCUAAGCGGUCAUGCAGGCGUCGGGGGUGUCGGAAAUGCACGGUUCAACAUUCAGCCAGUUGUCAACCCCGGUGUCAUAACGGGGCCUUCGUCUCAAGCUCAUACAUACUAUGACACCGACGAGGAGUUAGUGGACUUGACUCAAGCUCCUGACGGCCCACCACGGGAGCUGUAUGGAACUCUCGAUAACAAAAUCGUUGGUGUGCGUUAUUACAAUGGUUAUGCCUCUCCUGGCGAGGUCGUCGUUUGUCUGCGAGAGCCCAACAACCAGUACGAUCGGAAUGCCAUUCGGGUAUGCAAUGUCAUGGGCGUUCAGAUUGGCCACUUGCCGCGCAAAGUGGUGGAGAAGCUGGCGCCAUAUGUUGACCGGGAUGAAAUUGCGAUAGAAGCAAUUCUUGCAGGAGAGAAGGGCAUGUUCGACUGCCCCAUUCGUCUACAUAUCUAUGGAACCAGCAACCGCAUCGACCGUCUGGCGCUAGAAGAAAGGCUGAAGAGAGACAAGCUGAUCAAAGCUGGCGAGCUCAAGAAGACGAGAGCUGAGGCCGAUGCACAGCGAAAGAUGCUGGGUAUCAAGGGCAGUCAGUCAACAGUUGGUCUGGAUGGCGGCACGGCAGAGCCCGAGUUAUCACUGGAGGAGCUAGCGCAAGCCAGUCAGGCAAUGCAGGGCCAACCCCGUGGAGAUGCGGUACGGUCGUUCGUCGUAGAUGAAGACUUUUUGUCCAAGAUGCCUAUGGCAGAGCAACCUGCUGUCCUGGAGUCGACGUUGCUUCCGUAUCAGUUACAGGGUCUGGCUUGGAUGACGGCUAAGGAGAAUCCUCAACUUCCGGCCAAGGGCACUCAGGAAAGCAUUCAACUGUGGAAAUGGGACCACCGAGGACGUGGCAUGUACAACAUGGCGACGAACUUUGUAGUGUCGAAUCCACCAAAGCUUCUCUCCGGAGGCAUAUUGGCUGAUGAUAUGGGUCUCGGAAAGACGCUGCAAGUCAUCAGCCUCAUUUUGACCGGUGGCUCUGGCCCGACUCUCAUUGUUGCCCCGUUGAGCGUCAUGAGUAACUGGGAACAACAGAUUCGCAGGCACGUCAAGCAAGAGCACCUGCCCAAGAUCUUCACAUAUCACGGGAACAACAGGGCAACAAAGAAUGAGCUGGCCCAGUACCAGGUUGUUAUUACUAGUUACAACAAGCUUGCAACGGAGGGUAGCAAGGAAAAGAAUGAGACGCCGUUGGGAUCGCUUAUGGCCACGAACUGGAGACGAGUUGUACUUGAUGAAGGUCACACCAUCCGCAACGCGAAAACGAAGGCUGCUGUUGCCGCCCGAAAACUUAACGCGCAGUCAAGAUGGGUACUCACGGGAACGCCAAUCAUCAACAACAUCAAAGACUUCCAAUCAUUGCUGCAGUUUCUUUCCAUCACUGGAGUCUGUCAUUUUAACACUGUUAUUUCACGGCCUCUCGCGCAGGGUGACAAGACAGCCGAAGCCCUUCUCCAGCUGUUGAUGCGGGACCUCUGUUUACGACGCAAAAAAGACAUGAAAUUCAUCGACCUAAAGCUACCAAUCAAGAAAGAAUACGUCCACCGCAUUGCCUUCAGACCGGAUGAGAAGAGAAAAUACGACGCCUUGCUGUCCGAAGCACAGGUGGCCCUGAAAGAUUAUCAGGCCAAUGCUAGCGGAGCUAAGGGCCAGUUCCAAAAUGUUUUGGAGCGGCUCCUUCGCCUGCGCCAGGUGUGUAAUCAUUGGACGCUUUGCCGCAAGAGAAUCAACGAUCUCCUUGCAGUUCUCGAGGGCCAGUCCGUCGUCGCUCUCAACUCAGAAAACAUCAAGCUCUUGCAAGAGGCGCUGCGUCUCUACAUCGAGACACAGGAAGAUUGCGCCGUUUGCCUUGAUACUCUGAACAACCCAGUCAUCACGCACUGCAAGCAUGUUUUCUGCCGCGGAUGUAUUUCCAAGGUGAUUGAGGCACAACACAAAUGCCCGAUGUGCCGCAACCAGCUCGGAGAAGACGCACUACUCGAGCCCGCCCCCGAAGGCGACGAAGAAAAUGAUGAGAACUUUGACGGCGACGCGAAGAGCUCCAAGACCGAGGCCCUCCUGAAGAUCCUCCAGGCCACGACCAAAGACCCCAAGUCCAAGGUCAUCAUCUUCUCACAGUGGACGUCGUUCUUGACCAUCAUCCAGAACCAGCUUGUUGAGGCAGGAUACAAAUUCACCCGCAUCGAUGGGUCCAUGACGGCAUCGAAGCGCGAUGCGGCCAUUCACGCCCUAGACCACGACCCUGACACGCGCGUGAUGCUCGCCAGCUUGGCCGUCUGCAGCGUCGGCCUCAACCUCGUCGCCGCGGAUACCGUCAUCCUGGCCGACAGUUGGUGGGCGCCGGCCAUUGAAGACCAGGCCGUAGACCGCGUGCACCGUCUGGGGCAGAAGCGACCGACGACGGUGUGGCGUCUUGUCAUGGAGGGGACCGUUGAAGAGCGCGUGCUGGACAUCCAGCACGAGAAGCGGACGCUCGUGGGCAAGGCAUUCCAGGAGAAGAGCAAGGGCAAGAAGACCCAGGAGACUCGUAUGGCGGAUAUUUCGAAGCUGCUUGGCUGA